CAGCGCAGUUCGUGUUUGCGUAUUGUAUAAAGAUGAGGUCGGUUCUUUUUCCGUCUUCUGUCGUCGUCUGUAGCAUAUUGGACUUGCUUGCGGUUGUGGUUCGCGAAUCGCUCCGUUCUGCAAUCUAGUGACCCGUUCCAUACGUGCGCUUGUACAUUAUCUUUUCUCGGUAGUUCGGUUUUUGACUGUCAGAUUUUCCUGCUUUGUGAUAAGUGUUGUAACAAUUGGUUUCUGUUGAAUUAAUUUCGGUGUGAAGAGUGUCGGCAUGUGUAACACCUAGUGCGUACAGGCAAUCCGGAUUCCACCAGUGUGCCAUCGACGACGGGAAAUUCCGAUUGCGAGAGUUCUCAAUGUGAAUAGUUAGCUGCGGAAAAGGCCACGCAGUGCAGUGAGCAGUGCACAUCAUAUUGUUUAAACUCCCAGUGAUUACUAGAUCGUGAAUUCUGCGAGAACUUGGCCACUAUUCUUUUUUGAGUGUAAAGAAUUGUAGGAAGCAAAAACGACUAGCGAGAAAGAAAAGGUCGGAGGCGGCUGGGGCCAAGGUGCUGCUGGCGCUGGGUGGAGCUUUUAUGGCCCUUUGAAUUGGGGCCCCCAUUUAAGUGGCAAGGCAUGCCAAGGAUAAAAAGGCAAUACGGCAUAGAAAUAGGUGGACGGAACGGAAUUUAAGCAUGGGAGAACCGAUGUCUCUCUCAUGUAUACCGCAUUGCAGAAAUUCGUCAUGAAAUAUCGCAAAGGCAAGCGGGCGGCGGCGAUAGCGUCUUGUUCUUUUGUGGAGGCCAUUUGGGGAGCGAUUUGAAAACGGCAUCAAGAAGAAAACAAAAAUCAGUUCAUCAGUUACAACGUUCGGAAGAAGCUUGCGAGCGAUUUUCAGUUCCAGUUAUAUCAACAAGCAGUAACAUCCAGCACGCAUACGUCAGAGGCAAGUGUCGGUAGGUAAGCUGGCCACCAGAUCAUCGGCAUCUUUUGUGCUAAUUACUUUGCCACGAGCCGAUUCGAGUGAACCAUUUUUGUAGACCAUCCGUUGAACGCAUUCAACUCCACGCAGGCCACAGUUUGGCUGGAGCUGCCAAAGCGCGCGAGUGAUCGUCAACAAUUGUACAUACUGGCCGGAUCGACCAAAUGGAGGAGCUCACUUCGAUGAAACGGCAGACCGAUCAUUCGACGACUAGUUUCUACCCGAACAGCAGUACAAAUAUCAGCGGUCAUUAAUAGCCGAUCAUAAAUCAUAUAAACUGAGCGAAUUUAUUGGCCACGACUUGCAGGAAACGUUUCCGUACAAAGUAAGAAACCACUUCUUGGUUUCGGAGAAGAAGGAGGAGGAGGAGGUGAAGCAGAAGAGAAACGGCACGAGAGUGCCGUACCUCGUGCGUGUGCCGGAAAAAGGGGAGAUGCGCCUCCUGAUGCGACAACGGAAGUUUCUGCUCGGGUUGUUUCUGGCCGGCAUUGUUCUGGUGGUGCUUUUCCUCAAAGGUACCGACCUGGGCGGACGAUGCCUGAACGGUGCCUACUACGGACGGUUGUCUUCGGGAGGCGGUGGCAGCGGGGAGAUGGUACGCGCCGAAGACGAGGAAGGACAUAGCAAAAGUUACCACUAUCAUCGCAACAUGCCGCUGAUAUUCAUCGGCGGUGUGCCGCGCUCCGGAACUACCCUCAUGCGGGCCAUGCUGGACGCCCACCCGGAAGUGAGAUGUGGCCAGGAGACACGCGUCAUUCCCCGCAUUCUGCAGCUCCGGUCGCACUGGAUGAAGUCGGAAAAGGAAUCGGUCCGCCUGGUGGAGGCCGGCAUCACCAAGGAGGUGCUCAACGGUGCCAUUGCCCAGUUUUGUCUGGAGAUCAUCGCCAAACACGGCGACCCGGCCCCGCGGUUAUGCAACAAAGAUCCGCUCACGCUCAAGAUGGGCACGUACGUUAUUGAGCUGUUUCCGCAGGCAAAGUUCCUAUUUAUGGCCCGGGACGGGCGAGCGACGGUGCAUUCUAUCAUCUCGCGAAAGGUUACCAUCACCGGUUUCGAUUUGACCAACUACCGCCAGUGUAUGACCAAGUGGAACCAGGCGAUACAGACCAUGCACGAGCAGUGCAAGGAAAUCGGUAAGGAUCGCUGUAUGAUCGUGUACUACGAGCAGCUUGUGCUGCAUCCCGAAGAGUGGAUGCGAAAGAUCCUCCACUAUCUGGACAUUCCCUGGAACAGUUCGGUGCUGCACCACGAGGAGUACAUCAACAAGGAGAAUGGCGUUGCACUGUCCAAGGUGGAACGAUCGUCCGAUCAGGUGAUCAAACCGGUUAACUUGGAAGCACUGUCCAAGUGGGUCGGCCACAUACCGGACGACGUAGUACGCGAUAUGGCCGACAUUGCACCGAUGCUGUCGGUGCUGGGGUACGAUCCGUACGCGAACCCACCCGACUACGGCAAGCCGGAUUCGUACGUGCAGGAGAAUACUUACAAGGUCCGCGCCAAUCCGCAGAUGUGGGAGCACAAGGUAAAGGAGCUACUUAAUCGCGACGAGAUUCCCCCACCGAAGGUGAAUCAAAACAAUAACAUCGAGGACGAGGAUGACUAUGGCAAUAAUCGGGAACGUAAAACGUGAUAUUAGAGAAUUUAACUGGUCGACAGAAGAAACACAAAAAAUGAAAGAAGUUUCGUUUGGUUUUAUAAAUCGCAAUGUUCAACUGAUGUUCCUGUAAGGAACGGAAGGCGUGAUCGUCCAGAUGUAGGCAAAGCAGCAGAAGUAGUAAAGUGCGCCCGUAAGGAAGAAGAGAAGGGCGUUUGUUUUUUUUUAGUGAAUUCGACCGGAGUCGCGUCAUUUUAACCGGCACAACCAUUACACAACGUAUCGUAUAGUAGUAGAAUAGUUAUCGCCCGCCAACGAUGCCAAAAAUAAGCGGUGUGUAGAAGCAGGCAUCAGACUUAAAUCGCAGGCAGAGCAGCGAACCGGAGCCAGUGUGCAAUUUCUGCGAUCACCUAUCAGAAUUAAGAGAGCUUUGAACCAUUUUUACUGUCACAUGAGUGUAUGUUGCAUAGGAAAUAAUCAAAACAGCAAAUAAUUACGCAACGUGAGUGGGUGGUGCAAGUCAGCGCAGGGUGGGAUUAGUUGUUGCAUUAAUCUAAUAACUAUGCUAGGAUAGGAAACCAAUCGAUUGGACUUUCGGAAGCGGAAGUUCACCACCGUUGCAACGAUCGCUGCACUUUCGAACUGAAUGAGAAUCGACCUGGGCAAAGAGGUCAUUAUUUUAAAGUUUUACACGAACAAACGCACCCUCUUACACACACACCCACAAAAACACAAACACACGCACAGGCAAACACAAAGAAAUACAGAAACAAGCUAGCAAAUAUCAAUCGGAAGAUACAAAACUGACUGUAAAUAGUAUGUAUGUACCUAUUAAAACAAACAAAGAAAACUUACCAUCUACCAACCUGUGGGGGGUGUUUAGGAUUAGGAUCGAGGCGAAGGAAGAGAGAGCCGUCUCGAAAGCGACGAAGUCUUUAGUGUAAAAACAAAAGGAACCGAACCUAUUAAACGGGGCACGUUUUCGCUUCUUCAAUGUUGAAACAAACAAAAAACAGGCAAAUUAA